AUAGCGAGUCGAGGAAAUUUCUCAUUCGUCGUGUAUCUUUCGUCGAGUUAAAGUCUAUUUGUGUAUCAAAUUGGAAGUUUAAACAAAUUAAUUUGGAAUAACCAGACUAAGAACCUUUCGAAACGUGCGAAAUUAUGUUUUUAUCAAAAGCAGAUAGUGAAAAAUCUAUUCAUAAUGUACAAAAAUCAAAAUAACAUAUGAUAUAAGUAGGGAAGAAGUCCAUCGCAAAAUUUUUAUUAUUUUUUUCUACACAAAAGAAGUAAAAGAAGGGAAAAUUUGUUGAUUUAAAGGAUAGUGUUGAGGAAAGAGUUGUUUCAAUGAUGCAUAGCGGAAAUGUAAAUAUGGCACUAAAGCAAAAUUCGGCAGUGUCUGUUUAUGUGGGAAUAGCGUCGCUAAUAUUAGAGGGUCGAGUUAUAGGAGGGGAAGAAGAUGACGACGACGCAUUUCCGAUAAAAUUUGAGUCAACUGUUCCAGUUAAAGAUGAAGGAAUUUCCGAGAGUUCAUCAAGUAAUCCGUCGUCAUCACGACACGGUGUCAUUCAUCGAAUAAGUGAGAAGUUAAUGAGUAUACGUCAAUUUCCUGGGUCACAGGAAGUUGCUGAAACAUCACUGACAGUUCCAACCCAAUCGCGUGAUGAUUUCGAGUAUGAAAGACAACCAAGAUUGCAUCAUGUCGCUUCAGCGCGUGAAUUCACACGAAAUUCUCGAUUGACGACAAUUCCAACAGCUUCAGCAUCGAAUUCAUCAUCAGCUGCUUCAGUUCUUCAUGAUAUUGAUGUUGAUUGGAAUGAUAUUUCGAUCGUCUUCAACGGAAUUGAUUCGCUUUUCAAUCAUCCAGGAUCGCCAAUGAAAUUAUCAACCAAUCGUCACUCAUUUCAUUCAUCUUUGGGUCAUCAACUUCAUCAAGAACCGUCGUUAAAGAUUUUCAAGAACAAAGAAAAAGCUACAAAUGCGAACAAAGGCAUCACAUUAAAACCGAAGCAAGGACCUCAUUGUGAGAAAUUUCUGAAAAAAAUUGGAAUCAUAAAAAUCGAUUCGAGCGAAACAGAAAACGAGCACAUGUGCAAUCAUGUCAGCAGCUUUUGUCGACGUUGGCAAUUUAAUUUGAGAAAAUUGUUGCAACUUCUUUCAAAAGGCGAAGACUCAUGCAUCGAAGUCUAUCUUGGGCCGGAGAAUAAUGCAAUCUUAUUGGAACAAUGGACCAUCAAGUUAACAGAAAAUCCAACACCAUCAAUGAUGACAAUUCAAUCGCUUUGUAGUGCGAUUCGUUCUCAAUUGUACUUCUCUCAAGUUUCAUCGUGGGUGGAAUUAUUGAAGAAAGCUUUUAAUGAUGAUGGUGAUGUGAAUGUCAAAGAUCAAUUACCAACAAUGUUUAGUGAUGAAAUCAUGCAAAAUCCAAGAUUGAAAAAGAAUUUACAAACAAUGCAAGUUGACUUGGAUAUUUUGUUUCGUAUCAAACCAUUUGACGGCGCAUCUUGUUUCAAUGAUAAGCCAAAUGUUCACAACUUUCCCGACACUAUGGUUUCAGAUCGAAUGGCUUUGCGUGUAUGCUUGAAAAGUUUACCUCGACUCGAUAAGAUACCGACAUUGAAUACUGAAAAAGCAAAUCUUAACGGCUUUACAUGUGAUAAUCGAAUUAAAACAACACAUGGAGUUGUAGCGCCAUUGGUAUCGCCAGUUGCCAGCACAAGUUGUCAUUUAUUGACUGAUCGAAUGGCUUAUCCAUCAUGUCAUGAGAAAGGAAAGCAUCGUUGUAAAGAUGAAGAUGAUUAUGAUGUUGAUGUGUGUAAAGAAGAAAAUUCAACUGCUAAGAACAUUUCAUUAUCGAAAGUUGCCACGCCUGUUACUCCAAUUUUCACAACAACGUCACAAACUUCAUCAUCGUCAUCUGCUUCUUCGUCUUCUGCCACUGCGACAUCAUUGAGUCAUCGUGAACGACAAUUAUUAAAAUAUAAGAAACGUUUGAUGAAACGUGAAAAGCAAAAGAAGAAAAUUCUUGAUGGCGGGGAUCAAACAAGUGUAAGUUCAUCAAAUGCAAGUGGAAGUGAUGAUUUAGAGAACUUUCAAGACACAGCAAUAAAUGAUACAUUUGCACCACUUUAUGAAGCAGAAACAGCUAAUAAGUCCAUCAAAUCGAUAGAUAUCACUCAAUCUACCCUUAAAACAAAACUCUCAAUCGCCACACAAACUGAAGCAGUUCAUGAUGAAACAGCAAAAGCUUCAUCAUCGAUGUCAGUUUCGUCCAAAUGCAACAAUUGUGGCAAGAAUCUGCAAUGUUGGAACUGUGAUAAAAAUCAAUUUAAUUUUAAAAGUCCAAUGACGUCAUCAUUGUCAAUCAAUGUUGAUCCCAAUAACGUUUUGGGUGUUCCAAUGAAUGAGAAUAAAGCCGAUUUGUUACUACAAGCGAUCCAACGUACGGCUGAGGCGAAUGUCAAUAAUGAUUAUGAUUCUGAUGAUGAUUAUGAUGACGAUGAUGAUAAAUUUAACGUCAGUAAUCGUGAUAAAACGAAUGAUAAUAUAUUUUCUAGUUCUAACUCCUCCCAUCACGGUGAUUCAUCUUCGGCUGCUUCUCCAUCAAUCGUUGCUAAAGAUGUGAGAAGUAAUUGUGAUAUAAUGAAUGAUAAUAAUAAUUAUUUAAACAAUAAUAAUAAUAAUGUUAAUAAUAAUAACAAUUUAAUUGAUGAUGAUGAUGGUGAUAAGAAGAUUGUUGGGCAGUUUGAGAUGGAAAAUGAUUGUCGAUUAUGUAAACGUCAAAAAACUCGUCAUAUCUACACAACAUCAUCAAUGAAUCCUAGUAAUGUUGUGAGUGUUGGUGGAAGUUACAGACGUACAAUGUCAGAAUGUUUAGUUGGAAUGAAUUCUGAUGACGAUGCUGAUGAAACUGAUGGAGCUAUGUUUUGUUCACCACGACUACCAAUGCAGCAUAACUGUGAUGAUGCAGAAUUCAAUUUCUCAGCUGAAGAUGCACUUUUUAUGAAAGCUUAUCGUCGAGCAUUCUCUGAAGAUGUCAUAAAUCAACUGCCAUCAGAAUCUUCUUGUUUUGAUCCUGGAAAUGAUGAUGAUGACAAUGAUGAUGAUGAUGAUGAUAAUGAUGAUUGUCUUACAAUUAAAUGUAAUCAUUAUAAGAGUGAGAAAAAAUCGCCGUUAAUCGUUGAAUUGAAAGAUGCUGCUGUUAAAUUAACGCCCAAUGUUACAUUGCAACAUGCACCCACUACAAUGUCUUCACCAAAUCAAAAGCUUGUCAUUCAUGGAAGACAUCAACAACAGCAACAAAAGAUACCAAAAAUCAAUCUCAGUGAAGUGUUUAAUAGCAUUGAUUAUCGUGAUGAUUCUGGAAUUGUUCAUGAUGCGAUGGAGCCGUCACCAACAUCGGACAGUGUCUUUGCCUUCAAUACGUCACCAGCAAGUAGUUAUCCACCAACUUCGAUGCGUCGAGAAACAUCGCCAAGAAUUUCAUGUGGUGACGCUAAUGCGCUUCUCAAGAGACGUUCACGUCACAUCUCAGAUCGUUCGUCAAUUUCGGAAUAUUCAAACAUUUCCGAUGAUGAUGAUGAAGUUUUAAAGAUUGCAAGUAAAGGCGGCAAACAGCAAAUACCACCACUCAUUGUCACACCAUCAUCAACAUUAAAGAUCUCAUCGCUGUAUAGAAAGUUUGUGACUAAAACUCAUGCAGCAUUUAACAAGUUACCAUUGUUGGGUUCGAUUGAAGAAUCAUUAUUACGUGAUCGAAUUCAACCCAAAGCCAUUGUGAGUGGUUUCAAGUUAUUGUUGGGCGCAUCAGGAAGCUUUUGUCCAACGCAACUUACCAUUCCAGCUCAAACUUUCUUCUAUGAGUUCAAAGGAUUGAAGCACAUGUCAACACCUUAUGUUUGUGAACUUCGUCUAUCAAGAAAAGGUUAUUCAAUCCCCCGUUCGGGAACUGUGCAAGCAACACUUUUGAAUCCCCAAGGAACUGUCGUUCGCAUGUUCUUCGUUCCUUAUGACUUUCGUGAUAUGCCAGCAAUGUCGCAAACAUUUAUUCGACAACGCGUGUUGGCAAUUGAUGAGCAUGUCAGUCAAAAAGAGGCUGAACAAAUGAGCACAGUUGAACAAAUGAAGCAUUUGCGUUAUGUUGUACAUUUGAGAUUUCAAACGGGACGAUCUGGACGUCUUUGUCUUCACACGGAUAUUAAGUUACUAAUAUCUCGUCGAACAGAAUUUGAUACAGCUCAAGCUCAUGCUAAGAAUUCCCUUGAGUCACCAAAUGACUUGAAGAUCGUUUCCAUUACACCCGAACAUCCGAAAUUUAGCUCGCGUAUUGAUAAGAAUUAAGCUUCGUUGCAUAUUCUUAGGUAGUUGAAAACACUUAUUAAUGAUAAAUUACAUUUAAUAUCAGAAGAGAAAGAAAAAUCAGAAAAAAUCUCCUUCUUUCAGUCAGGGAGUUUUGUUAACAUGAAUGUCAGUUAAGAUAUCAUUUCAAACAAAAAUGUUUCUCAUUGAUAUCUUUGUCAUGUUCUUGUUGAUAAAACCAGGUCUUUGAUUCGUUUGAUCUGAACGAGCUGAAAAAUGGAUUUUCGGUGACACGAGUCAGAUUUUGUGUCUCAUUCGAAUUGUUGUUGGCUCGAUGCAAACUAGUCACUGUCCUGGACGAAUCCACAUGCUUUCAGUGAUAAAGCAAAUUUAUUAUUUUUAAUUAAUUUUUUUUAUAGAUAUCUAACCAAAAGAAAGAAAUAAAGAAACAAAAUAAAACACACACAAAAGUCAGUAGAAUUUCAAAAUAAAAAUGAUGUCAAGUUGAUCAAUAAACAAAAAUCUAAAUAAAUAAAUAAUUCAGGAAAAUAUUCAAUUCAAUUCGUUUG